GUCCUGUCUAUCUGGAGGUCACCAGCCUGCGCAGGUCCAAAGGCAGGGAGGUGACCCUACGUGCACCCCUUUCCUGUCUCUCCAGUCCCUCCGGGCUUGGCUACUCGGCCUCUGCUCCUUCCCCCUGCGGCUUCGUCUCUGUACAUUCUGCUCGGUGCUCUGCCCUACUGGCAUUUGUGGUCUUUUUUAAGCCUGGGAGCAGAGGGGAGGGAGGGAUGAAGGGGCACAGAGGCUUCAGGGGCUCAUGAGGAUUUUUUGCUGCUUGGACAGAAGAGAUGCAGUUAGCUUUUCCUUUCAGGAACAGUUCCUUGUUGUGGCCCCAUUGUUCAGAAUACAUACCAAUUGCAGAGUCUGAGGACCCAGAGGAGACCCAGGAAGCGGUGCGCGCCUGCAGCCGUCUAUUCGGGGCCUUGCUGGAGCGGGGAGAGCUGUUCGUGGGCCAGCUGCCCCCUGAGGACAUGGUCAUGGCAGGGUCCCAGGGGGCCACGCGGAAGUACAAGGUGUGGAUGAGACACCGCUACCACAGCUGCUGUAACCGCCUGCAGGAGCUUCUGGCUCACCCCUCUUUUGAGGUCAAGGAGCUGGCUCUCAGCACGCUCAUGAAGUUCGUGCAGCUGGAAGGAACGCAUCCCCUGGAGAAACCCAAGUGGGAGGGCAACUACCUGUUCCCCCGCCAGCUCUUCAAGUCGGUGGUGCAAGGCCUGCUGUCCCCGGCGGAGGACCGCUCGCUGCUGGUGUGUCACUUCCAGGAGCACCUGCAGCACGAUGACAUCCGCUACCACACGAUGCUGGCGGCCACGGACGUCGUGGGCAGAGUGGCUGACGGGCACCAUGAGGUGCCCCUCGCUUUCUGGAACAACGCCUUCGCGCUGCUGUCUGCUGUGAGCCUCCCUCGUGAAGAGACUGGCUCCUCCAGCUUCUACGUGAAGCACGCUGAGCUGUCGCACAAGUGGAAGGUCACUCAUCUGAAGGAGCACAGAAAGGCCUUCCAGCUGAUGUGGCUCGGCUUCCUCAAGCACAAGCUGCCCCUCGGCCUGUACAAGAAGGUGCUGGUGAUCAUGCACGACUCCAUCCUGCCCCACCUGGCCCAGCCCAGCCUCAUGAUCGACUUCCUUACCCGGGCCUACGACGUGGGCGGCGCCAUCAGCCUGUUGGCUUUGAACGGACUUUUUAUCUUGAUUCACAAGCACAACCUCGAGUACCCGGACUUCUAUCGGAAGCUCUAUGCUCUCCUGGACCCGUCUGUCUUCCACGUCAAGUACCGGGCGCGCUUCUUCCACCUGGCCGACCUCUUCCUGUCGUCCUCCCAUCUGCCUGCCUACCUGGUGGCUGCUUUCGCCAAGCGCUUGUCCCGCCUGGCGCUGACGGCGCCGCCCGAGGCCCUGCUCAUGGUGCUGCCUUUCAUCUGCAACCUGCUGCGCAGACACCCAGCCUGCGGCGUCCUGGUGCACCGCCCGCGGGGCCCUGAGCUGGAUGCUGACCCCUACGACCCCGAGGAGGAGGACCCGGCCAGGAGCCGCGCCCUGGAGAGCUCGCUGUGGGAGCUGCAGACCCUCCAGCGGCAUUACCACCCCGCGGUGUCGCAGGCCGCCAGCGUCAUCAACCAGGCGCUGUCGGUGCCCGAGGUCAGUGUCGCGCCGCUGCUGGAGCUCACGGCGUUCGAGGUGUUUGAGCAGGACCUGAAGAAGAAGAAGGGCCAGGAGUCAGUGCCUCUGGAGUUCCUCCCCGCGCAAGGGCUGCUGGGCCGGCCCAGUGACCUCUGCGCCCAGCACUUCACGCUCAGCUGACCCUGAGCGUCUGCCCCCCGAGAGGCAGUUACAGGCGGAGCCGCUUCACUGCCAGC